AGUAAUUGUUUAAUAUACAAAUAAACAUGUAGGGCUUAAAAACAAUUUAUUACAAAAUUUUCCAACCAAAAUUAUCAGUAUCAUUUUAAAUCAAUGGCGAAAAAAGAAGUUAUUCACAUCCACAUUGGACAGUCAGGGGUACAAAUAGCCAAUGCAUGCUGGGAACUAUAUUGCCUUGAACAUGGCAUAAGGCCAGAUGGCGUUUUAGCUUUUGGUAGUGAAGAUGAAAGCUAUGGAGCCUUUUUUAGCCAUACAGGCGCUGGAAAAGUCGUACCUAGAGUUGUUAUGGUUGAUUUGGAACCAACUCCAAUUGAUGAAAUAAGAACUGGAACAUACCGCGAACUUUUCCACCCUUCAACUUUGCUUACUGGCAAAGAAGAUGCUGCUAGCAAUUUUGCAAGGGGUUACUUUGGCGUCGGCCGGGAAAUGAUUGAUUUAGCUUUAAAUCGUAUAAGAAUCGUUGCCGAAGACUGUAAUUCCUUACAAGGUUUCAUGAUAUUUCGAUCAUUUGGGGGUGGUACUGGUUCUGGAUUCACUGCUUUAUUACUGGAAGGUCUGUCUAAAGACUAUGGAAAAUUAUCAAAAGUAGAAUUUGCUAUAUAUCCAUCUCCAAGAAUUUCUCCAAUAAUUGUUGAACCAUAUAAUGCCGUUUUGACCAGCCACACGACUAUGGACACUGAAGACGUUUGCUUUAUUUUUGAUAAUGAAGCCUUGUACGAUAUCUUGGCACGUCUCCUAGAUACUCCACGGCCCACAUAUACUAAUUUGAAUCGGCUUAUAGCUCAGGUUGUAUCGUGUAUGACUGCUUCUAUGAGGUUUGAAGGUUCUCUAAACGUACAACUUGUUGAAUUCAGAACAAAUCUGGUCCCAUACCCAAGAAUUCAUUUUCCAUUAGUAACCUUCGCACCAUUCGUUCCGGCGACAAAAGCGAUGCAUGAAUCAAAUACUACUCAGCAAUUGAUGAUGCAAUGUUUUGAACCCAGCAAUCAGAUGGUUAAAUGUGACCCUAGACGGGGUAGCUACAUGUCUUGCUGCUUAUUUUUUCGUGGGGACGUCAAUCCAAAUGAUAUCAAUGCAGCGAUAAAUCAAAUUAAAACCAUGCGUUCAAUCAAAUUUGUUUCAUGGUCUCCCACUGGAUUUAAGAUUGGUGUUAACUAUCAACCUCCAAUGACGGUCCCUGGCGGUGAUUUAUCCGCAUUAAUGAGAGCUGUCGUGAUGGUGUCAAAUAGUUCAGCAAUACGAGAAGCCUGGGAGCGUCUUUGUAAAAAAUUCUCUUUGAUGUAUGCUAAACGUGCAUUUGUACAUCAUUAUGUUGGUGAAGGUUUAGAAGAAGGUGAAUUCGGAAGCGCUCUUUCAAAUAUUAAAGCAUUAGCAAGAGAUUAUAAAGAAAUGGAAGAUUAAAU